GAAAGAAAAACUCUAUUUUGCUGCACAAAGUCCAGCAUGAUUUAAACUCUGGUGUCUUCAACAACCGUGAGAAUGAGAUUAUACAGGAGAUUGUGAAGUAUGAUAGAGAGAUGGUUCAACAAGUGGAACUUCAAAGGCCUCUUGCCAUGUCUCACACACCUCCAUUUCAUGGAGGCUCCAUGUUCAAUUCUCAAGGCCAACUUGCUAACAAUUCAGCAAUUGCUACUCUCCAGCAGGCUGUAGCUAUGAGCUUCUGUCCUCCAUCUACAGGCCUUUUUAUUGGGUCUGUAGGUGUACAAUCACCUAGGACAGUCAGGCGGUUACAGACUGUUCAGAGUGCAGCAAGCCCACUUUCAGUGUCCCCUGGUCAACAAUCGCAGACACAACAACAAGUGGCAUCAGUUUCACCAUAUCCUUCUGCUGUCUCCAGUCCUCCAAACCAAAGCCCAUUAACAAACCGAACUUUCCAGUAUGGAUCACAGGCUCGAUCAGGCUCGCAGCUGUCACUAACACAGCAAAAAGCACCCAGCCCUCCCCAGCGUCCUGCAGCUCAUAAGAGCACACAGGCAUUGCAUACUAGCAGCUUAUCCCAAGAGGCAAGGCCACUGUCUGCUUCCCAACCCUCAUUGCCUCAUAAUAUUUCCCAGACAGUAACCUCAAGUCCACCACAAUCAACCAGAGAAUCAACAUCAUCGAUAGGAGGUCAGAUGUCUGUGCAACCAAGUACAGGAGCUCUCCAAGGAUCGAUUCGAGGACCUGUCCCACCAAGGAUGGCUCUGACGCACCAAAUGUCCACGGGUGCAAUGUUUCAAGUGUCACCAAUGGCCAGUGCACAACAGGACUCAGGUGUUCCCAAGAAAGAUUCUGUUGUAUGUGUUACAGAUAUGGACACAGGCAAAUCAAGGCUUUCCUCCAACUUGUGA